AUGAAGAGACUACCUAUAGAAAUCAAAACAAAAAUUGCGAGUCACUUGGAAACACCCUACUUGCUUGGCUGCUGUUCGCGUGAAUGGUACAGCGUAGUAAAUUUGCCACAUACAAAAUAUAGAUGGCUAAUCAACAAGUAUGGUCGUAUUCAUGCUUUGUUUCACGCUGUAAGAAUCGGCGAACCGUUCCUCAACCUCGACGUGGCCGAGCUUGUGCUAAAAAAUUCUCGUAUCAGCCGGUACCUUGUUCAACGACUCAAACUUGUUUAUGGAAAGCACUGUCUGUGGGGUAGCAAUAUUUCCAACAAUGUAUACGAACGAAUUCUUAAUUAUAAAGCGGAAUAUGCAAGCAGCAACUGUGAUGACAUGCAGUCAAUCUGUCAAGUAUUAGAAGGAUUGGGAAACGAAGACGAUAUCAGAACAAUAAUUGAAGUACAUAACCUCACACCUUUUCCGCUUAGUCCAACUUUCCGAACAUAUAUAUUCGAAAAUUCUGCAUCUUCAUCAGAUGAUCUGCAUUCAAACGGUGGUUACGCAACAGUUUCUGAAUUGAAGAUCAUGGCCAAGGCGAUAAUCACUUAUCCAAAUUUGCUGAACGCCUGGAGGAGGAUAGGCUACCACGAAGUAACCACAGACUUGGAAAACCCUGUUGUGCAACUUACCCUAUUAAAUCUUUACUCUACAAGCGUUCCUUCAGCUCAAGUGGUUGCUGAAAAGCUAUGCUAUCUACAAUCAAUUGGAUUUCCACUGACUGACACUCUGAUUGGAAAUGCUCUAUUUCUAUUCAGACGGAGAUUAAUCGAUGUCGGCGAGAGUCUUAUUGAAGGCUUUUCUAUUGCUCGGAAAAUGUCCAGGACGGAUGUACGUGAGAUGUGCUUGAUAGAAUUGCUUGAUCCGACAAGAAAUCUUGAAUACGUUGAUGUGCUUGAUUAUAUCAUCAAAUCCGUCAACGAUCCCGAAAAACAAAUUCUCUCUGCAUUUGAAAAGUACAGAAUUGUCAAAGAUGAAAAUGACCCAAUGCUUUUCCAAUCUCACACGUCUUUGAAAUACUCACUUGUAGUAUAUCGAUACAUGUUAAGAUUUGGUGCAGCAAAGUCGGUUGUUAGAUAUUUGAUGAAAGAAAUUAUUAUUGUGCAUACGCAGAUCACUAAUACAGAAGAACUAGGAGAUGCAGAUAUUAUCUUGGACGAAUACUAUGCUGCAAAUGUACCUUUUGAACAUUCGCUUUUGCCACUCUUCAAAAAGUGUCCGCGCGCAAAACCAAUUAUUUAUUUAUUUAAAGGAUAUCUGGCAAAGCUGUUCGAAUUUGAAGUCCGAGAGUACCCAUAUUUGACAUUCGAAAUUCCAGAUGUAGAUGUACUUACAUCACCCGCGCAAACAAAAGAGCUGCAGCGACUUUGGCUAGAGGACAUUCAAAAAUGUAUUAAAUUCGAAGAGUUGGUAAAUGACGAAUUUAAAAAGCAAAUUAUAGAGUUUUUUACCAUUUACAAUUUAACGCACAGUAGUUUUGACCAUCAGAUAGAGUUUCAAGACUAA